AUUUGUCCCUCUCCUCUGAAUGUAGCUACUUCUUCGGUUUCACUACGGAUCCGGGCAGCACAGCCCCAGAAGAGACGCUGAGCAGAGCUGGGAUAAACGACAGAAGGGACAUUGUUCAAAUCAAAUGAGUAAACAAAUCAAAUGAGUCACAGCGCAUCAUUUGUUCGACUCUUCGUGGGGUCACUCCUCAUUGCGACAGGGGUAUACGCAUCCUGUCCCAUUGAGCUGAGCCCCCCAAGCGUUGUGGUGAAAUAUGGAGACCCAGUCUCAGUCAACUGCAGUACAUCUGAGAGUCUGUUUGAAGGAAUUGGCUGGGAGGCUACACAAGGAGGCACAGGUCUAGAGCAGGUCAACCAUCUGACCUGGGCUGUGAAGAGUCUUACAGACUGGAGCAUCUCUCCCUCGUGCUACAUCAGCCCAUCACAAGACAGCCAAUUUACACAGUGCUCAAUGGUCUCAAAAGUUGUCCUUUACAAAUUCCCAGAAACCAUCAGCAUCAGCUCCAGCAGUGGCGACAAUGGUGUGCUGAAAGAAAAGGAGGAACAUAGCUUCACAUGUGGCAUCCACAAUAUAGCACCUGUUAAGAAUCUCGCUGUAAGGUGGUACAGAGGAGAUACAAUUGUCUUUACAGACACUUUUGACAAUCCCAGUAGGGCACCAGUGGAUCAGACAUCUGUCCUUAGAUUUAUACCGACUAAACAAGACACUGGAGUCACGUUCAGGUGUGAGGCACAUUUGGACCUGAGGCCAGAAGGGCCACAACUUAAUGCAUCUUCACAAGAGUUUAAUAUCACAGUUCACUAUGGACCAGACAUACAAUGUUUUGCUCCUAAGUUACCGGAAGGGGAAACUUUGGAGAAGCAUUGCCCAGUGACAGGAAAUCCAGCCCCAUUCGUCAGAUGGAUGAAGGAUGGAAAGCCCACAGACCCAGCCGUCCCUCUGAGCAGGGACAAUGCAGGGCUGUACAAUGUUUAUGCUGAGGGAUCUUCCAUCAUUGAAAAGGAACUCCAGGUUCUUAUAUUGUAUAAACCAGAGUUGAAGUGUCCAAGCACUUACAUUGCACAAGAGAAUGCUCCUCACAACCUCACCUGCACUGUUGAGGGCUAUCCUAAACCUGAGACGAUCUGGUAUAAAGAUGGCGAGGACGUGGAACUUCCAGAGAACCUAACAAGAAGUGAUACAGGACAGUACUUGAUCACAGCUUCAAACACUCUGUCAAGUGUCAACGUCACAGUCAACAUCAUUGUCAUAUACCCACCAUCACAGAUAGUUGAGCUGGAAGACUCUGAAGUCGAUGUUGGUUCAACAGUGUGGCUGAAGUGCUCCUCCAUGGGCAACCCACGACCAAAAUAUUCCUGGAAUUAUUACCAGACUGCCAAUGUGAUGGAGGAAAAUGAAGAUGGAGUGUCUCGUCUGCUCAUCCACAAUGCCACAGCAUACAACAUGGGCUCCUACACAUGUCACGCCUGGAAUGACAGAGGAAAUGUGUCUAAAACAGCCAGAGUCUCUGUAAAAGGUGCCAAGCAAGAAUGCCCUAUCGAAAUAACUCCGGACAGGAUGGUGAUACAAUACCAAGGCAGGGGCCAGAAUGCAACAUGCAAGCCAACAUCUAUUGGCUCCAGAAAUAAAGAUGGAGAAAUAUACUGGCAGGUUCUGCAGGGCACCAGAACUGAGGGUACAAGUUGGUUUGUUGACACCCAUAAAGACUGGGACCCAAGGCCUGUAUGUACUGCGACAUUUAAGGGAAUAGGAACCUGCCAAAAACAUUUAGACUUCACUCUCUACAAAACACCAGACAGUGUCUCCAUCCGCCCUGUGGAUAACCUGAGCUCAGUGGUGGAGGAGAGGGAGGUCCAGCUGCAGUGUGACAUUACCAACGUUGCUCCUGCACGAAAACUCACUGUGCGAUGGUACCAAGGGAAUGAAACCUUAGCAGUCAAAGGCUCAAUGCGAGUGACUGGCUGCCUGCAUCAGAACAACGCAGACUGUAACAUCAGCGUGGUCCGAUCCCCGCUGGAUGUGUCGUCUACCAUCAGCAUCACUCUGACCAGAAAGCACAACGGAGCAGAGUUCAGAUGUGAGGCUCAGUUGGACCUUGGACCUGAGGGACCACAGCCUCCUCCACGCAUGAUGUCCAGUCCUAUCAACAUCACUGUCUACUAUAAGCCCAUCAUUAAUACCACAAGGCUCCCCAAGACAAUCCCAGUGUUCAGAGGUUAUCCUGAGGAGCUCGUUUGUACAGCCGACGGUCACCCACCUCCAAAGAUCAAGUGGCUCUACAGCUCAGACAAAGUGCCUCAUGUGUCGGGAGACAGGCUCAUCGUGUUUGAGGCAGGUUUCUACAACUGCAGCGCCACCAAUGACAUCGAUUCCACCUUCCAUGAGGUGGAAGUUAUUCUAAAAGAGGACUACCUUCCCCUCAUAGCUGGAUUUGUGGCUGUCACAGUAGUUGCCAUCUCAAUCGUAUUCGUCUUCAUCUACUCGAUCUACUACAAGAACACCAGGAUGCGGCGCUACAAUCUUAAAAACCCGAAACUCAGCACCCACAAUGGAAAUGUGGCUCACAACGGCUGGGACCUGCAGUUUCCUAUGACCAAACUCGGCUUGAUAGCGUGUACAGGGAAGCCUGUGAGUUCUUCCUGUCCGGUUGAAUUGAGCCCUCCCAGAGCUGUGGUGAGAUUUGGGGACCCCUUUUCAGCCAACUGCAGCUCAUCAUCCAACCAGACAGAGGGGAUGGGCUGGGAGUCUUCAGUUGGAGGCGUAGCUCUUACAGAAGCCUCUAUUCUUCCCUUACAAAUAGACUCUGUCAAAGAAUGGGUCUUAGAUCCAAAAUGCUUCGUCAAUCUCUUAAAUGGUGAUCAGUGCUCACGAACCCUACCAUUAACCAUUUACAAAAUGCCUGACAGUGUGUCUAUGUCUCCACCAAGUCACAUGGGCCCCAUGGCAGAGGGCGAUAAGUAUAGCGUGCAGUGUGACAUUGUGAAUGUUGCACCUGCAGGGAUCCUCUCUGUGCACUGGCACAAAGGACAGGAGAUAUUAUACUCUGAGACAUUUGGCAAGUCCGGUGCAAAUCCAGUCAAUAAAAUAUCUGUCCUCAAUCUGACGGCCCAUAGAGAUGAUAAUGGAACUCACAUCUGGUGUGAGGCAAAAAUGAACAUUUUGCCAACAGGACCAAAUCUUCCCUCCAUGCAAUCAAAGUCGCAUGAAGUGGUUGUACUCUACCCUCCAACCUUCACCCAGCCUGCAAAUGAGACGCUGAAGCUUCUAGCCGGUAGUAAAAUAGUUUUAAAUUGCACUGCUGCAGGAAACCCUAUGCCGACAUACACCUGGCAUUUCCCACACCCCAUUCAACUGAUGAACAAGAAUCAAAGUACGGAUCAACCCAUUCUGACCCCGUCCAUUCAGCUUCCAGGGACCUAUAACUGCACAGCGUCUAACACCCAAGGCACCAAGACCAAAUAUUUCACUGUCAUCAAAGCUACAAGGAAUCGCACAACCUUAGCAGCCUUGGUUGGAGGAUUUGUGUCCCUGGGAGUCCUGCUCUUCAUUGCCGGUCUUAUUUUUGUGACACCUGAAGGCACAUUUUCUUUCAGCAAAGGCAGCUAUCUCAGAGGACAGCCUACCUCAUCUGGACCUGCCGUUCCCUGCGGAGUAGCCAAGCUUGUUCAAGUUGGAAUUUUCUUUCUCUCACCGCUUAAUCGACGGCUCGGUGCAGAAAAUAACAUGGGAAACAAGUUUCUUCAGUGGAUUCUGACGCUGUGCAUGUUUUACUCAGUGUCAGGUGAAGGUUGCUCCCUAAUCCUCAAGCCCUCCAGGGUCGUGGUGGGCUUUGGGGAGUCGGUGUCGGUCAGUUGUGAGGCCGCUCGCCCUGUCCGCGUCCUGGGCUGGGAAUCGGCCAUCAGUGCCGCUCACACUCAACAGGACCUAUCUGUCCAGUGGAAGGUAGACAGUCUCAUUGACUGGAUAGAGGAGCCUAUCUGCUAUGGUGUGUUUUUCACAGCUCCGAGACAGUGUGAGGAGAAACUCAACCUCGUCCUCUACAAAACCCCGGACAGCGUCUCCAUCAGGCCUGUAAACCACAGUGGCCCCAUGGUUGAGGGAAAAGAGUACCAGCUGCUCUGCGAGGUUCAGAACAUUGCUCCAGUUCAGUACCUCACCCUGAGGUGGUACAGAGGCCAGACUGAGGUUUAUAACCACUCCUUCUCUGACCUCACCUCUCCCUCGCCUGUCCAAGUGUCCUCUAUCCUCAUGAUCACACCAUCCAAAGCUGAGAAUGGAGCACAGUACCGGUGCGUGGCAGUGCUGGAGCUUGGGCCAGAGGGGCCACAACCACCUCCUACUGUGACCUCUGAGCCUCUCAAUGCCUCUGUGUACUUUCCCCCAACGUUCCUUAGUCCUGAACCAGAAGUCUUGGACCUCGUAGUGGGUGCUGAAAUUACCUUGAACUGCACAGCCACAGGAAACCCCACACCUGUGUACAGCUGGCAAUCCUCCCAUCCCAUUCAGGAGAGGAUAGAGGAUGAAGCAGUUCUUACUUCCUCCUCACUGCUCCCAGGGACCUACACCUGUAUUGCCUCUAAUAAACUGGAGAAGAAGAGCAAGCAGUUCAUUGUAAAGGCCAAGACCAAAGGUGUUUGAAACAAGAGAUCUUGAGGUGGGAUCAGACAACCACAUUGGACAAACUAGAGGAAUUCAACAAAGGGGAUUUCACUUUUGCAGCUUUGACAAUGCAUUCAUGACUCAACAAAUAUUUAUGCGAAUCUUGUUAUUAAGCAGAAUUACUGUAGAUCUCAUUUUAAAAAAAGAAAAAAAGAUCUGAAUAUACUAUGUUGUGGUAACUGUAACUGUCAUUUAAUUUGUCAGUAUUCUGUGAGAUAGAUUGAUGGUUUAGAAUAUAGUUCACUUUUUAUGCUUUCCAUGUGAUAUCCUGUAUCUAAUUUAUAUUUUUGCUAGACUCAUUUUCAUUUUAAUGAAAUUACCUUGUAACAUGACAGAUGUGUAGUUACU